UCUCUAACCAUGAUGCUACAUCUUUCAGUUAUUUCAGAACAACAAUCAUUAAGUUUAUACUAAAGCUUUUGUUCCCUACUGUUGGGUUGAUAAACAUGUUUGCAUGAGGAAAUACAACAGACUACUGUGUUUAAGCAGUCACGUUCACAGGAAUACACAGGAAAGCACAGGAAACUGUGCUGGACUUCGUUUAAGACUGAAUGAAUGAUGGACUGUCCUGCUGUAGCACCUGGGAUGUUUGUCUUUUCUUUAAUGGUUUUCCUGUUCUUACCAGUACGAGUUCAUAUGGAAUCAGUCAGUGUUAUCUAAUUAAAAAAGAUGAGAUAAGGAAACAAGUAUUACAAUAAUUAUGUAAACAAAUGAUUUUAGUGUGACUGUAUGUUUAUACUACUUUUCUGUUUUCAGCUGAUCAGUUUUGUGUACAUUUGCCUACACAAAUAACAGCACUGAGCGGCUCUUGUGUGCAGAUACCUUGUACAUUUGAUGCACCAGAGGACAAACUGAAAAACACAACAAAUAUUUUUGGCUUCUGGAUAAAGAACUACCAUGAUUUUAACAAUCCAAAGAGUUUGGUGGUUUUUAAUGGAAGUACAAACAUCAUCACAGGAUUCAGUCAUAUAGAAAUACUUGGAAAUCUUAGUCAGCGUGAAUGUACCACUGUUUUCUAUGAUGUCAUGUACAAUCAAACAGACAAUUACUACAUUAGGGUGGAAAUGAAGAAUCCAAAAGAAUGGAAAUGGACAUAUCUAUGCAGCCCCAUCAACAUUUCUGUCUCCAAUGUACCAGAGAUUCCCAUCCUUACACCUUCUCAUUUGCAACCAGUGAUGGAGAAAACUACAGUUAGUCUGAGCUGCUCUGCUGAAGCCCCCUGUCCCAAACAACCUCCUGCAAUAUCCUGGUCUAACAUCCCAGAAUCUGCAAACAUUACAACAUGGUUACAGGAGAAACCUAAUAUCACCCAGUCAGUGUUUUCACAUGUGACCUUUAAAGCUUCACACAUUGAUCACAGGAAGAACAUCUCCUGCACUGCUACAUAUCCAAGAAAUACAUCUAAUGACUCAACUGUGGAGACCACUGUGAUGCUACAAGUCCUGUUUUCUCCAAAAGAAACUCACAUCACCAUCGAUCCGUCUGAUUUGGUCUCUGUUGGAACUAAUGUGACUUUGACCUGCAAAAGCAAAGCCAGUCCAAAUCAAAUGAACUACACCUGGUACAAACGUGGGCAGGAGAAAGAGCUGUUUUUUGGAGAAAAACUGACCUUUAAUGUAAGUAGGAGAAGUGGAGGCUGUUACUUCUGCACAGCAAAGAACAUACAUGGUAAUCAAACAUCUGAAGAGAUCCAGCUGAUUGUGGCAGAUGUACCAGAGCCUCCCAUUCUUACACCAACUGAUCUGCAAGAAGUGAUGGAGGAAAGUACAGUCAACCUGAGCUGCUCUGCUGAAGCUCCCUGCUCCGAACAACCUCCUACAAUAUCCUGGUCUAACAUCCCUGAAUCUGCAAACAUUACAACACAGUUACAGGAAAAACCUGAUAAAACCCAGUCAGUGUUUUCCCAUGUGAUCUUUAAAGCUUCAUACAUGGAUCACAGAAAGAACAUCUCCUGCACUGCUACAUAUCCAAGAAAUAUAUCUAAUGACUCAUCUGUGGAGACCACCAUGACGCUACGAGUCCUGUUUUCUCCAAAAGACACUCAUAUCACCAUUGAUCCAUCCAAUUCAGUCUCUGUUGGCACUAAUGUGACUUUGACCUGCAAAAGCAAAGCCAGUCCAAAUGAAAUGAACUACAUUUGGUACAAACGUGGACAGGAGAAAAUGAUGGAUUUCGGAAAACAACUGACCUUCAAUGUAAAUAGUGGAAGUGGAGGCUGGUACUGUUGCACAGCAACUAACAUACAUGGUAAUCAGACAUCAGAAGAGAUCCAUCUGAUUGUGGCAGAAUCACUGAUCAUCAGAGAGCCAUUGAUCAUUGGUUUUGUAAUAGGAAUUUCAGCAUUUCUGUUGAUCAUUCUUCUGGUAAUACGUUUUCUAAGACUGCAAAAAAUAAAGGCAUCCAUUAUUAGCGAAACUGACAUUUCAGAUCAGGGUCAGGAAAAACAGGUCAACUCCAUUUACGUUAAUAGUGCUUUUCUGAUGGAUGAAGAGCUGGAGAUGCCAAAGGAUGACAAUGAUAUUAUCCACUAUGGGCAGAUUGACUUCUCCACUGCCCAAAUCAAAAACACCACAGAGAAGAUCUCAGGGCAAGAGACGAUAUAUGCCGAGGUCUGUGCUUCAGGGAAGGAUUAGUUUACAUCAGAAUAAACAGAUUAUGAGGAAAUGUAUAAAUGUAGUAUGAUUCAGCUUUUGUCAUAUGUGAAUUGUCAUCCAAUAUGAAAAAAAAAAAUUAACGAAUUAAAAAAAAAUAUGUUAUGGUAGAUGUCAUAGAACUGAUUUAUUAGGUACAUUUUUUACCCAUCUUUUUGAGGGCAUUUUUUUCUGCAGAGUGAUUCCAGAGUCUGCCAGUUGGGUGUUUAAUUGCCAUAUCUGAAGUAUUCUGUAAUUGUCUUAUUCUGUAAACUGUUACAUCUUUGUCCUAGUGAAUUCAACCAUAUGAUUAUGAUCCUAAACCUAUAUUUUCUAGUAACUAGUACCUUCUUGUGUGAUGUAGUUAAAAAAAUACAUAAAUAAAUAUCUAGACAUUUUGUAGACAUUUUGUAAAGGGGUGACAACAAAUGUAUUUUAAUUCUG